AUGCUAUUACAGUUGAAAAUUAAUUAUAAACAUUUGCCUGACGGCUUGUUUUUAUUUCAUGCUUCCCGUGAAAUUCUAGCGGAAUCCUAUAUGCAAAAUCCCAGUGAUAUAGUUUUGUCAACUGCAACACCGAAUGCAGAUAUUCAAUCCUAUCCUCAUAAAUCCAUUCAGCAUACUUCAAUCGAUAAUAUCGGUUCCAUAAAAGCUAGUGGUUGUCAGAUGUGCUCAUCAAUCAGUUGUAACAAUGAUCAAAAUACCGCAGAACUGUCAGCGAAUUGUAGUGAAAACUUUACUUCAAGAAGUUAUGUUAAUCGAUUUACAGCUUUGUCAGACGACAUGAGUAAAUUUUAA